CGGGUGGGGUGGGCCCUGGUCCCUUACAUACCCUUCAGGGAGUUGGGGGACACACUGAUGCUCCCCAGUCCCCUCCUCUAAAAGGGGAGCAGGCGUCCCGUCAUUCCAGCGCUGAGCCUGUUCGUCACUGGCAGUGAGAGGGUCGGGUGUGUAACAGGCAGGACAAGUACCCUGCAGCCCCGACACAGGCACUGGGAGGGCACUUCGCAAUGGUCCCCACAGCAGCAGGAACCCACUAGUCACCAGAGCGGGUGGGCAGGGGCUGAGGGCCCCACUGCCCCUCCCAAGCCAAGGCCUGAUGAGCCUCUCUCCGCAGGGGCCCUUGGGGGUGACAACCAGGCUGUCACUCCCUACAUUGCCCCCAUAAAAGCAGAAAUGUUUCCAAUACAGUUCUUGGGGCUUGGACUUUCUUUUUAAUUCAGGAGACAGUCACGUAGCAUAAAUUGAUCUCUUUUAAGUGAAUAAUUCAGUGGCAGUUAGCACACCCAUGAUGCUGUGCACCGACCCCCUCUGCCCCUCAAAAAGACAUCCUGCACCAUUAGCUCGCCACCUCCCUCCCCUGCACAGCCCUCCCUGGCCCACCGCAGGCCCCGCCCUCCCGCAGCAGCUGCCAGGCCACCUGAUGCAGGCAGGUGAGUGCACCUGGUGGCCAGCAGGUUCCUGGCGACAGCUGCCAUGGAGCAGACAGGAGGGAGGGAUAGAGCGGACCAGGAGGGGACAGGUCUUUGCUCCCCUGCCCCUCCUCUGCUCUCCUUGGAGCCAGGAGCUCAGGUGGGCCGCUGGGGAGGCAGCCACCCAACUCGGCCCAGCGCAGCCCUUUGGAUAUCGGCCUUGCCCCACCCACAGCAGGGCGCCGGUGGGGCCACGUGGCCUUGAGAAUGACCAGCCAGGAGUCCCCAGAGGCUGGGCCUCACAGGGCUGGGCGGAGGAGCUUCCUGCCUGCAGGGAUGCGUAACGCCUCGGGGCUCCUGGGGACGGCUGGCGCACCCCUGGCGUCAGCAACCUGGCCACAGCCCAGCCCCUCACUGGCCCUGCCAGCCGGGCUGCAGGUGGACCGCGUGGGGAACGGCUCCCAGGGUGUCCCCCAACUGUUUCUCACUUCUGCACUGGCCCGCGGGGUCUCCGGCAUCUUUGUGUGGGCCGCCCUUAUCCUCACCUGCCACCAGAUCUACCUACACCUGCGCUCCUACACCGUGCCCCAGGAGCAGCGCUACAUCAUCCGCCUGCUCCUCAUUGUGCCCAUCUAUGCACUCGACUCAUGGCUCAGCCUCCUCCUCCUGGGAGGCCACCAGUACUACGUCUACUUGGACUCCGUGCGGGACUGCUAUGAAGCCUUUGUCAUCUACAGCUUCCUGAGCCUCUGUUUCCAGUACCUGGGGGGUGAGAGCACAAUCAUGGCUGAGAUCCGGGGAAAGCCCAUCAAGUCCAGCUGCUUCUACGGCACCUGCUGCCUCCGGGGCAUGUCCUACUCCAUUGGGUUCCUGCGCUUCUGCAAGCAGGCCACGCUGCAGUUCUGCGUUGUGAAGCCCGUCAUGGCCUUGGUCACCAUCUGCCUCCAGGCAUUCGGCAAAUACCGUGAUGGGGACUUCAGUGUCCACAGCGGCUACCUGUACGUGACCCUCGUCUACAACGCCUCAGUCAGCCUGGCCCUAUACGCCUUGUUCCUCUUCUACUUCGCCACCAAGGAGCUCCUGCAGCCCUUCGAGCCUGUCCUCAAGUUCCUCACCAUCAAAGCCGUCAUCUUCCUGUCUUUCUGGCAGGGGAUGCUGCUGGCCAUCCUGGAGAGGUGCGGGGUCUUCGCCGAGGUCCAGACCUUGGACGGGAGCACGGUGGGGGCCGGCACGCUGGCUGCCGGCUACCAGAAUUUCAUCAUCUGCAUCGAGAUGCUUUUUGCCUCCGUCGCCUUGCGCUACGCCUUCACCUGCCAGGUGUACUCAGAGAAGAAGGACAACUCACCAGGCCCCCCGGCGCCCAUGCAGAGCAUCUCCAGCAGCCUCAGGGAGACCAUCAGCCCCCAAGACAUCGUGCAAGAUGCCAUCCACAACUUUUCACCCGCCUACCAGCAGUACACUCAGCAGGCCACGCACGAGGCCCCCGGGCCCAGCCAGGAUGGGCACCCCUCACCUGGCACCCACCCGGGCACAGCUGGGGGUCCUGGCAGGGGCAGGAAGAGCCGAAAGAUGGAGAAGCGAAUGCUGAUUCCCUCAGAGGACCUAUAAGAGCCUCAGGGUUACUGGCACCCAGCUGGGGACCCAGUCUGCCCCUGCCUCUCCCCCAACCCUCCUGCUGAAGGUCAGGCCUCUCCUGAGAGCCCCUCCUCAAGGCCCAUGGAGCUGCUCCCCAUCCUACCUCCAGCUGUGGUCAGGGCACACGGUGGCCCUGCCAGGAGUCCAGGGUCCACACCAUCCCUGGUGGGCCUGCUGCCCUGGGAGAGGCCCCUGAGCAAAACGUAAUCUCCAGGUGCCACACCGGCCUCAGGGAGCUGCAGAGUGGCCCUCCUUCCACGAGGCUCGAGCAGGCAGACGAAGGACAGACCCCAGCUGUGCAGCUGUGGGCAGGACGGCCAGGCAGGGUUCGGCAGCCCAGCGCCAGAGCAGGCAGCUUGGGCACUGCAGGCUUGAGGGUCCACGCAGGCUGGUCGGAGCAGGGGUGAUGCCAGGUGAGCCUUGGUGUGGUCUCGGGCUUGAGGGAGGAGCCCAUGCUCCAGCCCGGUCUCCAGCCAAGGGAUAGCCCUGCAAGGCCCCCUGGGGAGAGUGUGCCUGGUGGGGUUAGGGAGGUGUGUGCCAGGCCUGCCAGCACUCGCUGCCUCCCUGGGAGUCUCUCUUAUUUAUAUAAACAUCUUGGAUUUUCUAAUGACUUGCUUGGCUUCUGACCCUGCAGGGCCAGUGCCCUGGGCAGUGGGCCAUAGUGGGCCACAGAGGGGUGGUCAGACAAGGCCCUCCGACCUGAGUGGGGCUGGAGGAGGCCAGCUGUUGCUCUGAGCCAUGCAGGGCAUGGAGCUGGAACUUUGAGACCCGAUGCCCGAGUUUGUGCCACCCACGAGACCAGAGCAGCUGCCUCUGUCCUCGGAGCCUCAGCUUCCUCAUAACAUGGGCCUUGUGCCAACCCCACGCAGCAGGUGGACGAGACUAUGUGGGCACAGCCCAGAAAGCUGGGGGCACAGAGGAGCACCUGCCCUCUCCCCUUCCUCCUCUUCUUCCUCUGUGUGCCCAGGGGGCCUGGGUUCUGGGAGAGCUGAGUGGGGACAGGCCCUGCCUUAGCAGGCUGGUGGGCAGGGAGCAGCCUAGGGGAGAGGGGCUUCCCAGAGGAACGUGGCUGGGCACAGAGGUGGGAGCCACCAAGGGGAGGGGCGUCUGCUCUUGUGGUGUCCCUGUGUGCAUCUCGGUCAGUCCUGUGUGUCUGGCCACAGCACGGGGUUGGGGCUGGGGCAGGUGCAGAUGCAGGGCCUGGGGCGCGGGGGCUGGGCAUGGGGAACGGCUGCCAGCCGACAGGCACAGUGGACAGGAAGGCCAGGCAGGUACCACAUGGCCACAGCUCCCUCCCCUGCCACCUGGCCACCCAAUCCCAUGGUCCCAGGAAAGGGGGAAAUGAACCCAGGAUCUCUGAGGGGCAGAGUGGGCCACUGCCUGGCCUGAGGACACAGGGGACUCCAGGCAGCGGCCUCUGCAGAGCCCAGCUGGGCUGUCUGAUAAGACAGGCCGAGCCCCUCCCCAUGCUGGCAUGGAAAGACUGCCACCCACCUUAUCUCGCCCUCUGCAGCCGGCAGAGACAUAGGGGCUCCAUGGCCAGGGCUGAGUCUCCACCGGUCAGUGGGUUUGGGGCUCAGUGCUCCGUGAGACCUGCUGAGGAGGGGGUGUUCUUGAGGCUGCAGAGGGGCAGGACGCUGGGCUGCCCUGCUGAGCUAGGGGGUGGGGGCCUGGCUAAAACCCGGGCCUGCUCUGCCUCUGACCUGGAGAGGGCCAGCCCUUUGGGGCCUGAGCUGCCCAGAGCUGUGCACAGACAGCAAGUGCACAAGGGCCCUUCUGGAAGCCUAGACACUGUGUGGGCUCCAGGCUGCAGGGACUGAGAUGCCACAGGACAGGCUCGUUUGCCGGACGGUGCCUCAGGCCCGUGCUUUGGGGAAGGGGGAAGUUGGCGUUGACUGACCACCCGCUGUGUAUGCCAAGGACUGAGCCAGGAACCCGACGUGCACUCGGUUCUCAGGACAGCUAGGAAGGUGGCCAAGCUGAGAGAGGUCCAGCGAGUUGCCUGAGGUCACAGCUCAGGGACUUGGACACUGGGGGGGCUGGCUCCACAGGCCCACUCUCUCUACCCUGCCAGACACCUGUGCCCUGUGCACAAGGCCCCGCUGCCUUCUAACAUAGUGCCAAAGCCACGCAGGCUGAGUGCAACGCCCAGUGCUCCUGCCACGCACAGAGGGAAUACGGCUGCCGGGCAGUCCAGGCUGCCACCUCGCCUCCCCGGGGGUUGUGGGUGCACAAGAGAGGAGGGACAGAGAACACAGAUGAUGGGGAAGGAGCACCCCAGGCUCCGCCCACUGGCCGAGGAGCGGGCCAGGUGCUCCUGCCAAAUGGUGUGAACUCUCUCAGCCUCAUUUGUGAAACAGCCAGGCAGAAAAUCCCCGGCAAUCACACACAAGGGCAGAAGCCCUGAGGGGCCCUGGACCCACCUUGCCGCAGCUGGGCAGCUGGCCAGGGCAGGGUCUCCUGCACCACGCCCCUGUCUGCCUCCAGGAGCCUAAGGCUGGGCAGGGGUUCUGUGCCACAGCUCCCCUCGAAGGGCAGGCUGGGACCAGGUGCCCAGGGGUGGCUGCAGGGACGUCUGGCUUAGCUGGGAAAACACCUGUCAUUGCCACUGCUGGUGUCACAAGCUCGGGGCGCAGCAGCCCCAGCACAGACUCAAACCCCACUCUGCCAAGGCACCUUUUGUGCACAUCACUGCUCACCCGCCAUUUACAGACGGGAACUUGUGGCUCAGAGAGGGAAGGAACUGGCCCAAGGUCACACACAGAGUUGGGAUUUCAGCCCAAGAGGUCUGGCACCAAAGUGCAUUCCUGCCCCGGUGAACCCACGGCUGAGGACAGGGACAGCGGGGUGGGGGUGCUCCCCAUGAGGGCUGGCAGGGGCAGCACGAGUCAGGACAGGACCUAGCUUUUCAGAAGGGGCCACCACUUACGUCAUUGUGCUGAGCUCUGCUAAUAUACACGUCUCCCUCACUUCCCGCGGGCUCGUCUUAGAGCCCCCGGACAAAGCAGUGAGGCGAUGCCCAGCACCCCACACCCACCUGGGAAGCCCAACAGGAAAGGAAAGGCUGCCUCAGUGAAUAGGCAGCUUCAGGGCAGGGCAGGUGGGGACACUCAGGAACCUUCUGCCGUGCAGAGUGAGCCCAGAAUGUGGAGGCAGAAACAGCCACCUGUGUCUUGCCCAGCCAACACCGCUCCCACGGCUGUCCCAGCAUCACAGUUGCAAGUGCCGGAAACCCAGCCUGAGCCACCUCUCCAGGUG